UUAUAUGAUAUUGUAUAGCCAAAUUGACUCAAAAGAUAUUUAUUAUUCUUCUUUUUGGUGAUCAGCUUCUCUCUCUUGUCAGUAAUGGUGACAAGCUCCCAGGAAUCUAGUGCUUUUGCUUGCUAAAUGGUUAAUGCUUGAGCCACAAAGAAAAUAAGAGUGUUGAGUAGUACAAAGGUUGGUGGUAGGAGAAGAAGAAAGGAAAUAUAAAAAAGAAGAGUUAAAGAAGGAUCAUGUGUGGGGCUAAUAGGGCCUGUACAAUCACUUAGAACCAGGGAACCAAAACUUAAUAGCCUUUUUUUCUUCUCUAUUCUUGGUAGAGUGCACCCCACCUGUUCUACAGAAUGUGCACGACUACACGUGUUUAUAACAAUCUUUUCUGCAUUUUGUGGACAUCUAAUAUGAUCCCCUUCACAUCAGUUACAUGAGUUUUGCUGUUUGGUGUGACUUGUGGACUUAACUGAUCCAUUCAAGUACUUUUUCCAGGCCUAGUUGCAGUUUCAGAAGGGGAGAAAAUAUUUGCAGAGAGGCAAAGGAGAACCAAAACCCCAUUAUAGUAAUGGCAGAGGAUAAGGGAUUCUCUGUCUUGGAUAACAGAUUUGGGUAUGACAAGAAGAGUGACACUGAUAUUAUGUAUCCUAUGUAUUUUGGUGUUUCUUGUGCGUUUUUUGCACUCCAAGCACUCACAAAACCACAUGUUGAGGUUGAAAAAUGGAGUGAAAUCCGUGACAGCAUACUCCAAGGGAGUGCACAGCUGCUUGGGUUGAUUGUGUGGAAGGUUCAGAAAGGGGUGCCGGCUGGGAAAGAAUAUAGCAAGAUUCUCUUCAAGCUCAGUAAUGCUGAGAGGGAGAUUGAGAAUCUCAAGAAGAUGAGGCAUGAGGAUGCAAAGGCCAAUGAGAAAGUUGUGGGGAUCUUUGCUGCACAGGAGCAGAGUUGGUUGCAUGAAAGGCGGAAACUUCGGCAGCACAUUGGGGCUCUGAUGAAUGAGCUGAGAGUGUUUGAAAAGAAAAAGGAUGAGGCUGUCUCUGAAAUGAGCCAGAAAUUGAAGGAAAUGGAGGAUUUGCUGGAGUCCAGGGACAAAGUGAUUCAAGAAGGGGAGCAGAAGAGGAAGGAGUUGGAGGAAAAUCUUGCAAAGGCUGAAAGGGAAGCAGAAGAAUUGAGAGAAUCUGUUAAGCUUGAAGCUCAGGAACACUCCUCUGAUCUCAGGAAGCACAAAACUGCCUUCAUUGAGCUGGUGUCAAACCAACGGCAGCUAGAAGCAGAGCUUGGCCGUGCCAUGAAGCAGUUGGAGGCUGCAAAGCAGGAGCUCGGUUCAGUCUUGGAGAAGAAGGAGGAGUCAGAAUUGGUGGCCCAAAACUUGUCUAUUGAGAUUGCAAGGCUACAUAAGGAUUUGGAGCAGAAAGACAAGAUUUUGUCAGCAAUGUUGAGGAAAUCAAAGCUUGAUACAGCGGAGAAGCAAAUGCUGUUAAAGGAGGUUAAAUUGUCAAAGGCUAGGAGGAAGCAUGCUGAGCAAGAAUCUGAAAGGUGGAAAGCAGUUUCAGAAGGGAAACAUGAGAGACAUUCCUUGAAGAGCAUGUUGGUGAACUUGAGUUCAAGGAUGGAUGUUUUCCCUGCUCCUAGAGUUGGCCAGCAUAGUUCAACAGGAUCAUCACAGAUUGCAAAGGAAUCAGAUUCUUUUCCACACUUUGCUGAUAAAUAUUUGCCACAAAGAACUGAAGGCUUGUAUUGGAUGCGAGCCGAAGCAGAAAGAUACGCGGCUCUGAUUGAACAAAGGCACCAUUUGGAGCUGGAUGCUUUUGCAGAACAAAUGAGAAUGAAAGAUGAGAAGCUAGAGGCGUUUCGCUGGCAGUUGUUGAGAAUGGAACUAGAAACAAAGCAGCUUCAGUCACAUUUGGAGGGGCUGGUGAAGGAUGUUACACAGCUGAGACAUGACAAGAUGAGAUUGGAGACCUUAGUGUUGGAGAGAGAAGAUGAACUUGCUUCACUGAAAGAGAAAUUUUCCUCACAAAUGAGGUCAUUCAACUGUAUGAGAAAUAACAACUCAAAUUUGCAUCCACAGCCUUCAGAACCAGUGCAACAAGAUGCUGUCUGCUCUAAAGUCAAGGUUGUGAAGAGAAAAUCAGGUGAGAAAGAACAAGAAAUUGUGGAAACUUUGAUUGAAGUGGAUUGUGAAAAGGAAGUGCACCCUGUGGAACAUGAUCAAUUCAAUAAUGAUGCUAAUUCAGUAGUGCAGUCUCAAAACAAUGAAAUUGAAGUAGAAAAAGAUAUUUCUAUGGAGGGUAGUAGUAGCAUUAUGCAGAACCAAAGUCCAAAUCCUAAUCAAAUAGAAGUUGAUGGUGCUGAAAAGAUAGCAUCUACCAGCCAGCCAUCUAAUAAGACAAAAUCCCCAUGGAAGAUGGAUCUCCAUGCUCUUGGUGUUUCUUACAAGAUCAAGAGGCUGAAGCAGCAACUUGUUCUUGUCGAAAGGUUGGCCGGAAUGCAGGCAAGUGAUGAAAAAUCAGAAACCAGUGAUGAGAGCAGAGGUGGUAUGAAGGCAUAUCUGUCCUUGACUGCUUUGCUAAAUAAACAAGUUGGAAGAUACCAGUCCCUCCAAGAAAAGACUGAUGAUCUUUGCAAAAGGAUGCAUGAGAAUGACAUAUAUGCAAGGCGUGGAGAGAUGAAUGGUGGUGCAAGAUCAACACUAGAAGAGUUUCUAGAGGAGACAUUUCAGUUACAAAGGUACAUAGUUGCAACAGGACAAAAGCUGAUGGAAAUCCAAUCAAAGAUUGUUUCUGGGUAUGGUGGGGUGGCAGAGGAGAUGGAGAAGAGUGCUGGCAUUGACAUGAAGCGCUUUGCUGACAGCAUCAAGAACCUGUUCCAAGAAGUUCAAAGGGGUCUAGAAGUUCGCACAUCAAGAAUCAUUGGUGACCUUGAGGGAACACUUGCUUGUGAUGGAAUCACAUCUUUCAGGAGAUAGAAUUGCAAAGUUAAACAUCUUUUUAUACAUUAUUUAUCCAAUAAGUUUUCUCAGAGCUAUAGUAAAAGAAAAUAUUAGCAUACUGUUUAGUGAUUACUACAGUUAAUAACAUCAUCAAUGUGUAUGUGUAUAUAUGCAAAUCACACAGUUCUAAUGGAAUUGAAAUUUCAAGGAAGUCAUGGACCCACCAUUAUAAAUCAAGGUAAGGUGAGGUAACAUGGCUAUAAGCAAAA